CACGUGACUCUUUCAAUACGUAAGGGACCCUAAACCGGAAUCCUUCGAUAACGAUGAAUAGUUGGAAAGCGUUGGUCCGCUGGAGCUGCAUUUACAAUCAUGUGUGAAAUCGAUCGUGAUAAGAUAGAAACCAUUUCUCUGAAGCUGAGAGCUUCAACAGCUGAUGGGGGACUUACAAUAAAGGACAGAUAUUAUCAUCUAAAAAAAUAUCAUUCUUGCUUUGUGGGUAGUGAAGCAAUUGAUUGGUUUCUUGCAAAUGGAUUUGCAACCACAAGACAGGAAGGUAUUCAGUUAGGCCAGCAAUUACUAGAUGCUGACUUAGUUCAUCAUGUGGUGGAUGAACAUAACUUUGAAGAUAGGGAAUUGUUCUACAGAUUCCGGCAAGAUGAUCCUCCCCAUCUGUCACCAGCUGGUCCGUCUGUGGCCUCACUAAAACAGGACUGUGGCACCAAGUUUGGUUCAGCGCAAAAAAAGGGUCUUCUGAAAUGGUAUCAGGCAUUUUUUGUUCUGAGACCUGGCGAUGAAACACUGUACGAGUUCAGAACUGAUUUGCAUUCAACACCAACUAAGAAAUAUCCAUUGAAAGAGGCUACUGUGAAGUUAGACCAGUCAACAAAGUUUUGUCUUUCGCUAACGUUUGCUGAUAUCCAGAGGUCGGAUUUGCGGCUUGCCUUCACCUCCGACGAAGAGCAGUUGUCGUGGUUAAAAGCUUUCGAGAAGUCAGGAGCAGUCACUGGCCAAACUGAAGAGGAGGUGGAGGAACAAGUAAAGAAUGCUGAGUCCAUCUUUGAGUUUAGUGCCAAAGACAUUGACGGAAAUGAGGUGUCACUUGAAAAAUACAGGGGAUUUGUGACUCUCAUUGUCAAUGUGGCUUCAUUCUGAGGCUUAACACAGAAGAACUACACGCAGCUUGUGGAACUGCACGCCACUUAUGCUGCACGUGGUCUUCGUAUUCUCGGGUUCCCGUGUAACCAGUUUGGAAAACAGGAGCCUGAUCCAGAGCCUGUAAUAAAGAAGUUUGCCGCGGGAUACGGGGUCCAAUUUGAUAUGUUCUCCAAGAUAAACGUCAAUGGUGCCAACGCCUUGCCGUUGUAUAAAUACCUCAAAAGUAGACUGAAAGGAACUUUGGGAAGCUUUAUCAAGUGGAAUUUUGGAAAGUUUUUGUGCAACCGAGAUGGCAAACCUGUGAAACGUUAUGCACCUUCAGUUCAGCCAAUUUUUUGUGGACAUUAUGUGGUCCGAAAAGCCCCGAGGAAAACUUAGCUUCGAGGAACAGAUAUUGUACCAGUAUAAAUAUCCUUGCAUAUUUUCAAGCUAAGUGGAGGCUUUGUGCUUAUUAUCCUUCAAAUAUUAUUCGUAGCGUGUGGAAUGAAACGUAUGUAAUCAGCUUACUGUCGAAAACAGAUGUUGACUUUUAUAGCAACUUUAUAACCACCACUUUAUUUUCUUCUUUGGAAACUGCACCAACUCUCUCUCCAAACUUGAUUCCACCUUUAGAGGAAGACUGUAAUCGCAUUGGACGUAAGGUUUGACAAUUGGAGAAAUAUCACCGGAUAUUGGCCAGGUUUUUGGUUAAGCGUUUCAAACCAAUCGCCCACGAGCGGAAAUAUUUGAUGGAUAAUAAAAGAAUUGAUCAUGAUUAUAAUGAUGAUGAACUGAACCAAUGAUUGGAUGAGUCACUGAUUUGCUCACCAACUGAUUGACUUUUUAAAAUGACCCACUUUGUGUCUGUCUGACCGAUCAACGUCUGCCUGGUUAAGGGAUUGUGAUUGGCUGCCGCUAAUAGAAUGGUCACGUGGGUUACCAGCAAACUGACUGGUUGUUUCGCUGAUUGGCUUACUAUGUGACCUACUGACUGAGUGAUUUACUUACCGACCAACUGACUGACUGUGUGACGUACUGACUAACUGUGUGACGUACUGACUAACUGUGUGACGUACUGACUAAGUGUGUGACAUACUGACUAAGUGAUUUACCUACCGACCAACUGACUCACUGACUGUGUGACGUACUGAGUGAUUUACUUACCGACCAACUGACUGACUGACUGACUGACUGAGACUGACUGACUCUUAAACAUACUUUAGGCAAGACUACAAACACCACUCUGACUUAACAACAGAAAGAUAUCAUUUGCAUAAUAGAACCUUACAUAAGAAAAGAUCUACCAAAAUUGAAAAUGUAAUGCCAGAGAUAGACGUAUUUAAAACGCAGAUUAGUCUGUAUUUGAUUUGCUUAUUAUUAUGUUAUUUAUUAGAAUUAUUUGUUGAGAUCAUUAUAUAUCAUUAUUAUUUCAUUAUUUUGUUCUAUAUUUUUUCUUUAAAUCCAAGUGGUCUUGAAGUAGACUAGAUUGUUAACCUCUUUUAUGACGACCAACCUCAAAACCACUUUGGUGUGGCCUGGUUACGUCUGAUGAAGUGCAGAAAAAGAGCCCGCAAUCUAGUUAUGUCAAAGUAAAGAAUCCAGAAGUGUCAACGCUUUUGUCAUGGAGAUAAGAAUAAAGGCAGAGAAUUAGACCCUC